AGCAGGAAACUGGAGGCCUGAUAAACAUAAACUCCACCUCUUCCUUCCUUCCAAACUUCAAAACAUUUAUCACAAACAACUAGAAUACUUUUCCAAAGCGAGUCACUCUCACUGCUUUUUUUAUCUCAUACUUUGAUUUUGGUGUGAAAACUGCAGAAGUCGGCAGAGAUAUUUGAAAGAUAUGGGACGGCAAAUCUUGGCAGCCAUUCUGGCUUUGUUGGGCUUCCUAGGAACUAUCCUGAUAGCUGCCUUGCCCAUGUGGAAGAUGUCGGCAUUCAUCGGAGCCAACAUUGUGACAGCGCAGAUUUACUGGGAAGGCUUGUGGAUGAACUGCGUGCUGCAGAGCACUGGACACAUGCAGUGCAAGGCGUACGAUUCUAUAUUGGCUCUGUCUCAAUACCUCCAGGCUACUAGGGCCUUGAUCUGCGUAUCGCUUGCUGCUGGUGUUUUCGCCAUUGGCUUAACGGUUGUCGGGACCAGAUAUACCAACUUUCUCCGUGAUGAUUUGAAUAAGAAAGCCAAGAUUGGUAUAGUAGCCGGGGUGGUCUACAUUAUUGCAGGGAUUCUUUGUUUGAUCUCUGUCAGCUGGUCAGCAUAUACCACCAUCCAGAACUUCUACAAUCCUCAAGUCAUCUCAGCAAGCAAAGGAGAAUUGGGGGCCUGCAUCUAUAUUGGAUGGGUAGCUGGAUUCCUUCAAGUAUUAGGUGGAGGACUGUUCAUCAGCACAUACAACAACAGCUGCUGAGCUUUACAAAAGGCACACAUUUUAAUGAAGAAUGAAGGAGCUCCAUUUCUUACUGGUUUAAAAAUUGUGACUGAAAAUGUUAAAGUUUUUAGAAUGACAUGGUUUUAAUGUUGUGGUUAUUUAAAAAUUUAUUAAAUGGAACUUGAACAAUUAAUAUAAUUGACAAAUAAUGAGAUCUCACUUAUACUUAUUAAGCGAUUUCUCUUGGGAUUGCCACAAACACAAAACAGUUUUUAAUUUUUUUUGUAAGUUUCUUGUAAAAAAAAUAUAUAUUUAUAUAUUUUUAUUUAGACUACAAUUACAAUUGGGGUCAGUGAGGUGAAAAACACUGUAAAAUGUAAGCAAAGUUCCUUUCCCAUUCUGAGACUUAAAGGAAUUGACGCUACAAUGAUGCAUCAAUUCAAUUUUUUUCCAGACUGAAUAUGAGUGCAAGUUCAUGUUUUUUUUGGUAUUUCUUGAUUUUAUAACAAAUACUGAUACCAAAUACGUAACCUGUGUUGCAUUAAAAAACACAGGGGUGUCAUUGAAUAUUUAACUCUUUUUUACAGUUUGUCAUGAAUUCCACCUGGAUUCCCAAACAAAGUGUUGAUGAUGGCAAAUUAAGGAAAGAAAAUAUAUAUGUCUCAGUGCUCGCAGUGUUUAUAUGCACCCCACUUUCUUCACCCACUCACUACACUGCUUGAUUAUUAUGAAUACUUUUGUAGGAACACAAAUCAUGGCACUUGUAAUGUAAUCAUAAUUGUAUGUAAUCAUGAGUCUAUGCUAUCUAAAUAAUAUUUCUGUAAAUACAUUUAUAUUAUUUUGUUUUUUUAAAAACAUACCUCAGAUGACAUUGUUUAGCGGAAUAAUAAAAUGUCUAUACAUGCAGUUUGGUGAAUGACCUAAA